ACCAUACUUUCUCAUUACGCUCAUCACAAAAAUGUUUUGAUGAUUUUGAUCGUUCCUUCCAUACAAACACAACUACGCCAAAAUGUGGACAAGCAACACGCUCCAAAGCAUUUCUUCUUAGUGGCUGUGUGUAAUCUACGCCAGGGAAAAAAGGGUUCAGUACAAUACAGGCCACAAGCGAGCCAAAACAAGAAAACAAUCGUAGUGUAGGAGAGCAGCAGCAGCAGCAGCAGCAAAAAAGACGUUCUCAAUAAGCGUGAUUAAUCAUCGUCGUCGUCGCGGAAUUGAAUAGUGACCACCGUUAUCUUUCCAAUAAUGCUUCAAAUGAGCACAAGAUGACUGUCCGCUAAAAUCAUAUCGUAGUGAAGUUGCAAAAUAAGCAAUAAGCUGGAGGUGGUUAUCCGCCCCCUGCUUCUCUCGCGCUCUGUGUGAUUCUCGCUGACUCUCAAGGCCACUCGGUUGUUUUUCCUUUUCUCAGUUUUUGGGGGGCAGCAUGGUGGGAAUGAGUAACUUUACCCUGGAUCCUUCGAUUCUUGGCAAUGGAGGAACCAAGCGGCAUGAGCUGGAACGGAAGGCUCUCGUAGACGAGCUGCUGGCUGUUGUGAAAGAAAGCCAGAAAAAAUAUGGAAGCAAAACCGAACUCGCCACAGAGAAUGAUUCGAGAAUCCUUCUACUUUGCGAAACUUGGGAGCGAGUACUUUCCCAUGGGCUGAAAUCCAAUAGCACAAUGCUGAAGAGUGUGGCUGAUUUGGUCGCUGGCGGUGGUUUGGAAAUUCCAGUAUUCUGGGAUUUUGCCUUCAAACAUCUGACGAAUCAUGAGAAGGAACGGUUUUCUGCCUUGCGUCACGUUUGGACGAACAGUGGCAAAGGAAAGGCACUGCUAAGAGCGAUUCUCAACGAGCGCGCCUUGGAACGGUACAUGUUGAUAUGGCUGGGGGAUGUUAAAAUUCUCGAAGAAAGCUACGAGCCGUGGGCUCUAAUGAGGGACCCGGAGAUUGUCAGUUUGCUACCCAAUAUGGCCGCGGGACUAAGCACGAUUUUGUUCGCUAUUUCGGUAGAUGCACCCGAGUUGAACGCUGCCAUCAAAGUGAAGGUUGAAAAGGCGGAGCCCAUCAUAGCGACCCGUGCCCCCGCUGGGCCAGCUCGUAAGAUGAACAUUGUGGCACGUGAAAUUCUCGAAGAAAACACCACCCAACCGAUUCUGAAUCUCUCCUCGUCUCCGGGUACUUCUCAGAUCACUAUUCGUCGCACGAAUAGUAUUGAUAUAAAAGAAUAUACUCAUAUCGAAUCGAACCCGCAGCCCAGGGAGGUUUACUCCGUGGAAGAUGCGCUAAACAGUCUCACCAUCACUCGCAGGAAAAGCCGAGAAUCGGUUCCCGACAGGGAUGGAGUCGCAACCAGUCCGGACAAUGCACUGGAAGCAUCUGAAGAUAGUAUUAUAGGCAAUUACUCGAUGAAUUCCUCAACUGCAACGACGACAACGGCUACUUCGAACGCCUCGUCCAGUAUGGCGUCCUUUUCGGAAUCUUCAGCAAACGAUACCACAGAGGAACAUGGUUUAGGGCUACAAUCGGAGGCGGUCGAAAAACUGAAACGAAAGUUAACCGAUUCGGAGGAACGCUGCCAGAUGCUUGAGGCUCGAGUUGCCGAGCUGAGUUUGGAAAACAAUCGACUGCGGAUGUUGACACGCUCGAAUCGACUCUCGUUGAUGCAUUUCCAGAUCUGUAUCCCCAAGGCUAUUCUCCGGACGCCGGUGAGUGGUCACCGACGACAGCACUACUGCUACGAAAUCCGGGUAACUCCGACGGCCACGGGAACGAACGGAGGAGAUUGCUGGUCGGUCUUCCGACGGUACAGUGACUUCUACCGGUUACACAAGACCCUCCAGAAGGAAUACCCCAGUGUGAAGACGCUUGAUUUCCCUCCAAAGAAAAAGUUUGGCAAUAUGAACGCGCAGUACGUGGAACAGCGCCGUCAACGGCUACAGGUUUACCUGAACAGUUUGUUCAUCACAGUACUCCCGGAAGUAUCGGCAUGUAACACACGCUCGCAGUUGGAAAGGGCCUUUCCAUUUUUACGCGAUGCAAUUUUGUAGGAUAACCGUGUAAAUAAUUGAUCGAGGAUGCUUAUGUAUGUCAGACCACCAAUCCUAAGGAUUUCUUUACUCAUAUCCGGUAAACUAGGUUUUAAGCUUAAAUGUGAAAAUUUUAGCGUCAGUAUCGAAGUUACGAAUUGAUUUCCAAAGUUGAACGAAAAAGAAGAGAAACGACAGUUUCAUUCGUAUUGAACUUUUUUGUAUAAGAUAAUAAACUAUUACGGAUUGUGU